AACAAAUAUAAUCAACUUAAAUCUUAUCUACUUUCUAUUUCUUUUUUAAUCAAAAUUACCGUUCUUGACUAUGGCGAAGUGGUUUUUCACUAUCUUCUUGGUUUUUGCCCUAGCCUCAGCUUUAGCUUGUGGUGCAAGAAACGUCCCAGUAGGCCUCUCUGACCAGAAGAACUACCUCGGAUAUGGUGGCGGAUAUUCUGGCGUUGGAGACAAUGGUUUACCAUUCGGUGGCGUCGGUGGAGGUGUAGCUGGUCCCGGAGGUAAUCUUGGUUAUGGGGGAUUUGGCGGUCUUGGUGGGGGCUUAGGAGGUGGUUUGGGCGGUGGAGCAGGCAGUGGAUUAGGCGGUGGCUUAGGUGGUGGAAGUGGAAUUGGUGCCGGAACCGGUGGAGGAAGUACCGGAGGAGUUCAUUUCCCUUGAGUUGUUACUUUGGUUUUAAGGCGUCAUACGGUCCUUAAGGCAGGUCUAGCUUAAGAUGAUGUCAUAAUAAUAAUUUAUCAUAUCU